GGCUGGCGGAGUGUCUCUUCUCAUAAGCGGCACAAAUCAACUGCUUGCCGCAUCGGAGAGCUUCAACAGUUGAUUGUUUCGAAAGUUGUAAAGUGGGUAGUUUAUUUUAUGUUUAGUUCGACUAAUUCACACACCGAACUACCGCGAAUAGCCAGCCUACUGAUUGCCGAUCCUCGCUAACUUACGCGAGCGUACAGGACAGACAGUCCGCCGGAACAAGCGCCUUGGCUGGCGUGCUGAGUCGUGAGUGAGUACCAGAGAAACCGGUUUGCUUCGUUACUGUCGCUUUUCGUUAGACAAGAGUGCUUUGAUUAUUUUUUCAUUGUUCAAAGAAGAAACGGAGGCAAAAUGUCAGAAUCGCUGAACGUUUGCAGUGGAGUUUUAUCGGAGAACGCAGAUGAUUCUCAGGAUUCCUCGUCGCGGAGGAAAACCCGUACAGCAAACAAGAAAAGACGGCUUGGAGAUGGCGAUUCACCUGAUGAACGCAAAGGAGGUGGCGGAGGCGGAGGAGGGGGCGGUGACAUGGAAGAAAUUGACAGCGACCAAGAAGAACCUACCGGACUGGAAGGGGCAGCUUUUCAAAGUAGACUUCCUUACGACAAAAUGACAGCACAAGAAGCGGCUGGGUUUACGGAUGUUGCUAAUAGCGGGCCUGAGACUCAAAAAAUCUUCCUGCACAUUCGCAACAGACUUCUACAGGUCUGGCUAGAGAACCCCAGACAAGAACUGACCUACGAAAACGCUUUGCCCCGGAUCGAAUCACCGUACAAUUCUGAUCAAGCGUUGGUCGCACGGAUACAUUCUUACUUAGAGCGACAGGGUCUUAUCAACUUCGGUGUCUUUGAAAGACUCAAGCCGUUAGCAGAUAAGAAAAAUGGGAAAGUUAUUGUGAUUGGGGCAGGAAUUUCUGGCCUUAUUGCUGCUCAACAACUACAACAAUUCGGUAUGGAGGUGCUCGUACUAGAGGCGCGUGAUCGAGUCGGCGGUCGGAUUGCGACGUUCCGUAAAAACAACUAUAUUGCUGAUUUAGGCGCUAUGGUAGUGACGGGACUGGGUGGCAAUCCCCUCACCAUUCUCUCCAAGCAAAUCAACAUGGAACUGCACAAGAUUAAACAAAAAUGCCCGCUUUUUGAAAGUAAAGGCUCAACCGUAGAGAAAGAAAAGGACGAAAUGGUCGAGCGUGAAUUCAAUCGUCUUCUUGAAGCAACAAGUUACCUCUCACACAACGUCGGUUUUAAUGACGUAGAUGGUAAGCCGGUUUCCUUAGGACAUACGUUAGAAUGGGUAAUUAAACUUCAGGAAAAGCACAUUAAGGACAAGCAGAUCGAGCAUCAUAAGGCAAUAAUUACGCUCCAGGAAAAACUUAAAAAGAAUCAGCAUGAGAUGAUUGAACUACGCAAAAAAAUCGAUCAGUCCAAUAAGCAGCUUAGAGAAAAAGAAUCUGCGAAAGAGCUCGAGGAGUUUGAAUUACGGUCAAAAGCUUAUGACCUUAAUACAUAUUGUCAGGAAUGGGAUGAGCUAGCAGAGCAGCAAAAAGAGCUUGAAGAUAAACUGCUUGAAUUAGAAGGCUCGCCCCCUUCAGACGUCUAUCUGUCAUCCAGUGACCGGCGAGUUCUGGAUUGGCAUUUUGCUAACCUCGAAUUUGCUAACGCUACGCCAUUGAACAAUCUUUCACUCAGGCACUGGGACCAAGACGAUGAUUUUGGCUUCUCCGGAUCACACCUCACCGUACGAAAUGGGUAUUCUUGCGUACCAAUGGCUUUGGCAGAAGGUUUGGAUAUUAAACGAUCUCAUACGGUGAGGCAAAUUGAGAUCUCUCCAACUGGUGUUGUCGUUACGACUGCCACCCCGAAAGGCAAUACAAAUCUGCAAACGUUCAAAGCAGAUGCCGUCCUUUGCACCCUGCCCCUUGGUGUUCUUAAAGAGAGCAUUCAACCAACGGUGAACUCACAGAAUGCGGUACAUUUUGUACCUCCAUUGCCUGAGUGGAAAGUAUCUGCAAUUCAGCGCCUAGGUUUUGGCAAUUUGAACAAGGUUGUUCUUUGCUUCGAUCGUUUCUUCUGGGAUCCAUCAGCGAAUUUGUUUGGUCACGUUGGCUCGACAACGGGAAGUAGAGGCGAACUUUUCUUAUUUUGGAGUCUUUAUAAAGCACCAGUGCUUCUAGCUUUGGUUGCUGGUGAGGCCGCAACAAUUAUGGAAAAUGUUAGCGAUGACGUAAUCAUUGGCCGAUGCAUUGCUGUACUUAAAGGGAUAUUCGGUAACUCAUUGGUUCCGCAACCCAAAGAAACCGUCGUGACUCGAUGGAAUGCAGAUCCAUGUUCAAGAGGAUCCUAUUCGUACGUUGCAACGGGAGCAUCCGGAAAUGAUUACGACCUGCUUGCAGCCCCUGUAACACCUCAGGUGAGCCCGAAUCAGCCGCAGGCGCCGGCCCGCUUAUUUUUCGCCGGCGAACACACAAUCCGUAAUUACCCGGCUACGGUGCACGGAGCAUUAUUGUCUGGCCUAAGAGAAGCAGGGCGAGUAGCUGACCAGUUUCUUGGAUGUCCGUACGCGCCGAGCUCUUGAACAUUAUAUGCGCUAAAGCAACAGCAGAAAUAGUUGCCAGACUUAAUUUGAAAACUUGCCUUUUUGUGGUGAAGAUGAUAAGGUCUGAGACCUGAUACGAAUGAUAUAAGAUUGUGGCAAAAGUUGGUCCGAAGAGACAACAAGACUAUACAAAUUGUAAAGGUAGGGAAAGCAACCCUAAAGGAAAAGUUUACAAAAUAUUUUAGCUAAAGAAGUGUCCCUGUGUUAUUCUAUCUAUUGCAACAUCUUUCGUAAAUAACAACCUGGUCAAAGUAAAUGGCCUAAACAAAACGAGUAUUAUUAGGAGAUAUUUAAAUUAGAAUUAGUUAUUUAUCCCGAUUCUGCACAGUACAUAUGUUCAGAAUUAAGAUAUAGUGAUCGAAAGAUUGAGAGAUAAAUGAAAAUAUUAAACAUUUGUUUGUCAAAGAAGAGGACAGAGGUCGGUUCACGUAUGCUGAAAAGGUAAGAGAGCAGGUUGUAUCUGCCAUUGUUACGAAGGUAUUUCUGUUUUUGUAGGGACAAAAACGACUUGCUUGUAUUUGAGCGAAUAAAUGUAGUACGUACUAUUGUUAUUAUUACAAUAUAUGCAAGGAUGCAGCGGAGCCAAAAUUAAGUAGCGGCUUAUGCUUAUUGCUCCGCUUUCGUUACCCUGUGGCGCAAAAUUUUAAAAUGUGUAUAUUGAAACGAAUAAUACUAGGAAAGAACUUGAAAUAUUUGUGUGCCUAUAUAUAUGCUGCAUGGAUUAGUAAUGAAAGAAAUAUUUAAAUAAUUGUUUACCGGGAAAGAUUCAUAACCGAAGAUUUGGGAUUUUCAUCAGUUGAGUUAAAAUGAAGACAUACGAAUAUAUCUCGGCCUGAAUGUACCCGUUGCUUAAAUGGAACACCAUGGUCAACAUGAUACAAUGCAAAUGGACAUUCGUUUAUAGAGUAGCGAGAUUGAUUUCGUGAAGGUAGGGAAACAAAAAAUAUAGAUAAAUAUUCAACUUCUUUUGAUACUCCCCAACAAACAAGAAGCGGGUUCUGAAGUGCACUUUCCAGCACAGAAACCGCUUAAAUGUAAAUUGUUUUUUAGGCUGUUUAACAACUCGUACGCUAUUGAAAGCGGAUGGUUAAAACAUGUUUUGAUUUACUUCCUGCACCGCACUGUAAUUAUACAUUGCAAGUUAAUAAACUAAAUCGUCUUCCUAUGUCUUUGACUAGAACUUGUUUUUUUUUUUUGU